GGGCUGAGGCGUGGUGGGUUCUGGGGGCUCUGAGGAGGCCGGGGAAGGGCCUGGAAGCUCUAUUCCUGGCGAGCAGACUAAGGAAGCGGAACCGGGUGGGGAGACCAGGGCGGAAACCGGGAGUCCGACCCGGGCCUGGACUCUUCCCUCUUCCAAAAGAAGAGCUCAAAAAAGAAGGCUCAUCUUAUACAAAUCUCAAAGCCAUGUCUCAGGGAUCAGUGUCAUUCAAGGAUGUGACUGUGGACUUCACCCAGGAGGAGUGGCACCAACUGAACCCAGCUCAGAAGGCCCUCUACAGAGAUGUGAUGUUGGAAAAUUAUUGCCACUUCAUAUCUGUGGGGUUUCAUAUGACUAAGCCUGAUAUGAUCCGCAAGUUGGAACAAGGAGAAGAGCUUUGGACAGAGAGAAUUUUUUCAAGGCAGAGCCACCUAGAAGAAGAUGGGAAAGCUGAAGAUGUUUUAGUGAAGGUCAGAGAAUAUCAAGACAGGCAUUCUAGAUCAGUCAUAUUCAUCAACCACAAAAAACUAAUUAAGGAGAGAAGUAAUGUUUAUGGUAAAACACUGACUAUAAGCAAGAACCGUAUUAUUUCAAAAACAACACUCUGUGAAUAUAAACCUGACAGAAAGGUUUUAAAAAAUAUUUCCGAAUUAAUCGUUAGAAAUAUAAGCCCUGUAAAAGAGAAGUUUGGUGAGAGUAAUGGAUGGGAGAAAUCACUCCUCACUACUAAGCAUGAGAAAAUACAUCCUGCAGUGAAUUUCCAUAAACAAACAGAAAGGGAUCUCAGCAGUAGACAGGAGUUUAUUCAGCAUCAGAAAGUUCAAACUUCAGAGCAACCAUUUGAGCAUAAUGAAUGUGAAAAACCCUUCCUUAUGAAAGGAAUAUUAUUUACACACACUAGAGCUCACAGAGGAGAAAGAACCUUUGAAUACAAUAAAGAUGGAAUUGCCUUUAUAGAAAAGUCAAAUCUCGGUGUCCAUCCACAUAAUCUUACAGAAAAAAAGCCCUCUGUAUACAACAAAUAUGGGAAAUUUCUCUGCAGAAAGUCUCUUUUUAUUAUGCAUCAGAGACCUCAAACAGAAGAGAAACCCUUUCACUGUUCUUACUGUGGAAAUCGCUUUAGAAGGAAGUCAUACCUCAUUGAACAUCAGCGAAUUCACACAGGUGAGAAACCUUAUGUUUGCAAUCAGUGUGGAAAGGCCUUCCGUCAAAAGACAGCCCUCACUCUUCACGAAAAAACACACAUAGAGGGAAAACCCUUUAUUUGUAUUGACUGUGGGAAGUCCUUCCGCCAGAAGGCAACCCUCACUAGACAUCACAAAACACAUACAGGGGAGAAAGCCUAUGAAUGUACUCAAUGUGGAAGUGCCUUUAGAAAGAAGUCAUACCUUAUUGAUCACCAAAGGACUCAUACAGGAGAGAAACCAUAUCAAUGUAAUGAGUGUGGGAAGGCAUUUAUCCAAAAGACAACCCUCACCGUACAUCAGAGGACUCACACCGGAGAGAAACCCUAUAUUUGUAAUGAAUGUGGGAAAUCCUUCUGCCAAAAGACAACUCUCACUCUCCAUCAGAGAAUUCAUACAGGGGAAAAACCCUAUAUCUGUAAUGAAUGUGGGAAGUCCUUCCGCCAGAAAGCAAUCCUCACUGUUCAUCACAGAAUACAUACAGGAGAGAAAUCUAAUGGAUGCCCUCAGUGUGGGAAAGCCUUUAGUAGGAAAUCAAACCUCAUUCGCCAUCAGAAAACUCACACAGGAGAAAAACCAUAUGAAUGUAAAGAAUGUGGGAAGUUCUUCAGUUGUAAAUCAAACCUCAUUGUCCAUCAGAAAACUCACAAGGUAGAAACCGUGGGAAUUUAGUAAAUGAUGUGGCUUAUUAAAGACAUUUAAGUCCUAGUAAACCCUGUACGUGAUGUUGCUUGCAAGUGUAAUAAUAUCCGACAAUUUAAGGAACUGUCCCACAUAUUAACUUAUUAUUUGCUAGCCUGUGAAACACAUAAAAAAUAUUACUAGACAAAUUAAAUGACAAAAAUUAUUGAAAAUAAAAGCCUAAAUUUUUUAUUACUAUAUUCAUCAGACAAAUGUUCCUUUGUCAAAUUGCUAUAAACAUUUAAAAUCACUUAUUUUCUAUUCAGUACAUAUCCUUUUGUGAACAGUUGGCCAACUGGCAGUGGUCCAUGGACUACACUGUGAGUAGAAGUUUUUAAAAGAAAGGCGGUAUGAACCGUAUUUCUCAUUGCAAAUAUGAAGUAAAAAUAAGUUGUUACCUCCUCAAAAGUUAACCACAGUUCUGACUUCUAACAUAAAUUCAUUUUUAUAUAUUAUAAACCUUUAUAUAAUUGGAUUAUAUAUUGUGUAUUCUCUCCUAUAUGGCUUAAUUCAUUCAUUAUUGUCUGUAAGUCCAAUCAUUAGUGCAUGUGGCAGAAGUUUAUUUAUUUUUAUUCUAUGUAGAAGUUCAUUAUAAGAUUAUAUCAUGAUGUAUCCAUUUCUACUAUUGAUGGACCUUUACAUUGCUUACAGCUUAGAAUCAUAAUAAAUAAUGUUUUGGAGAGCA